AUGGAUGGGAUGCAUGGGAGUGAACCUGGCAUGAUGCAUUACUUGGAAGAUCAGCAUCAUCAUGGGCUGCAUCAUCAUAUGAAUGAUGGAGACGAUAUCGAUCAAGAUGAUAAUGGGGACCAUAAUAACAUGGGUAACACUGAUGGGGUUAAUGAAGUUAUGGAUGGGGAUGCGAAUAGCAUGGGGAACCAAUCCAACAACCCUGAUGGGCUGAUCCCGGUUGGUGGCAGUGAGAAUAGUAAUCAGCUCACCCUUUCCUUUCAGGGGCAAGUUUACGUGUUCGACUCGGUGUCUCCAGAGAAGGUUCAAGCGGUACUUCUACUGUUGGGGGGGCGUGAAGUGCCUCCUAACAUCCCAGCUGCUCCUAUAUCUGCUGUCAGUAACAGAGAAGCAUCUAGUACCCCGCCGAAGCUCAAUGUUCCUCAGCGAAUAGCCUCGCUUAUAAGAUUCCGCGAGAAGCGAAAAGAAAGGAAUUUCGAUAAGAAAAUACGUUAUACUGUUCGUAAGGAAGUUGCUCUGAGGAUGCAAAGGAACAAAGGCCAAUUUACAUCCUCAAAACCGACUAAUGAUGAUUCUACGUCAAACUGGGACUCAAAUCCUAACUGGGGUAAUGACGGAUCACAAGUUCAGGAUAUCUCGUGA